AUGUCAAUCGGCGGCCCUUGUCUCUGGGUCCCUUCUUUAUCCUCGCCAGCUUCCUCGCCCCUGUCGACGGUCACAUCCCAUCUAUCAUCGGUUGCUCGUCACGGAGAGCGGGUUCCUUCGCUGCCACGGACCUCCUCGCCGCAGUUGGCGCUGCCUCGGGAACGACUUCCCGGUCUGUUUUCUCUCGGACGGUCUGCUGAGAUGCAACGGGCUGGUGCGACGGCUGAGAAUGCCUCAACCACCCCGAUGCCGGUACACACUAGUUCGACGGCUGCCUCGGGCUCGUACGGGGGAGAAAUCCCUUCGCGGGGUCUGGAGAGUCAUGGGAGGGAAGAUCUACUUCCUCGAGUCAAGUUGGAGAUUCCGGGGUUGAAUCAAAUCAACUAUGGCAUGUCUCAGCAGCCUCAUGGCGGAUCUGGUCAUGUGGGAGAGGCGUCGGAUGCGUCUCAAGUGAGUCUGAAUGCGAAGGAUCAGCAUGACCAGGAAUCUACUGUGAGUCCCUCGGAUGAGAGGGCCGAUACAGUCGACACCGAGGACAGCAAGUCGCCAUCACUGGAGAAGAAGAAGAUGAAGCGAUUCCGGUUGACACACAACCAGACUCGUUUCCUCAUGAGCGAAUUCACCCGUCAAGCACACCCCGACGCCGCUCAUCGAGAACGACUGUCGAGGGAGAUUCCAGGCCUGACGCCGCGGCAGGUGCAAGUGUGGUUUCAGAACAGACGAGCAAAGCUGAAGCGUCUCACUACCAAUGACCGCGAGAGAAUGCUCAAAUCACGAGCGCUGCCGGACGACUUUGACACGACGAAAGUGCUCCGCACUCCAUUUGAGAGCAAGUCGACCGGACAAACACCCGUGGCCUCACCGCACGACUACGCCCCGAAUCCCGAUUUUGCAACACUGCGGACUCUCCGGACGGACUGUUUUCAACGGCCAAAUGAAGACGACUACAUGGUCUCGCCGCUGAGUUCUGCGUCGACCGCAGGAACGUACAUGUCCUCUGCUGGGCAGGGGCGGACAGACGGCUUGUCUCAGUCCGGCAUGAUCUUUGGUCGACCGGCGGCGUCGGCUUCUAUGUCAGAUUUGCAUAGGACGAUUCGGAGUGAUUACUCGCUCACUCGGUCCAGCAGUCUCUCCGAUGCGUCUUCGCAGCAAUCUACUUUCCACCCCAACAUGCAACUUCACAAUCGAUUCGCUCCGCCAUCAAAUCAACCUGGUUUGCCGUAUGGUCGACAGAUGGACUAUAGUGUGCCCCGACUCCCAGGUAUGAUGGCAGCCUAUGACCAGCCACCGACAUUCGAGGGCUCAGUCUCCCCAACCGAUUCACAGGGUAACCAGCUGCCCUACGACAUGAGCAAUCUAGGCACCCAACCCCAAAGCUACCAACCCCACCUGGCCAUGUCCACAGCAAAAGACUACAGCGGACUCGGAAUGACCUCACAACUGAACCACGGCCGCCCAAUGUCCACAAUGCAAUCUCUCCCCCAACAAGACUACCGCACCUUCUCCUACGCCAGCCCAUCCGGCUCAAUGGGCACAAUACCCUACACGCAAUCCAACUCCUCAACCAUGAGUCUCCCAACCUCCUUCGCCCCCACCGAGUCCGGAUCAACCGCUCAAGACCCAAUGAACCAACAAAAUCCCGAUCCCCUCCGAAACAAAUUCAACCCCCCAUUCAGCUACCCCGGCUAUAUCCAGCAAUGA